UCAGGUCAGGGAUGUUGCACACAGAGGAGAUUCGUGAAAACACGAUUGAACAGAGAUCUAAAUAUAGACUUCAGGGACACUAGCGAGAAGAUGAGGCCGCAAUUUGGCUCUAUUGAAACGGGCGAAGUGUUCCCAGAAUGAUCGUGCGGCCCUCGUGUUGUUCCUGAGGUAACCGGCCACAUUAACGCUCGUGUGAUGAGGAGUCGUGACAGCGGAGGCGGGCGGCGUCGAGCGGCCAUGCAGUCUCCUCACAGGCGCAUCUAGACUGGCUCCCUGCGCGCGCGGCUGGGCAAAGUUCCUGGGGGAGGGGACCGAGGCGAAGAAAAGAAAAUAGCGCAAGGAAGAAGUUAAAGACAAAGAGGAAGGAGUCAAAGGAGAAGUUCUGACUGAGAGACUCGUGGAACACGUGGAGCGUUAUGGAUAAAGGAGUUUAUUUUAACGCCUGAAACUCAGAACGCUUGUCAGUCAGAACAACAUCAGAGUUUAUAAUCAGAUUUAAGACAUGGCAGAAUGAACGAUCAACUGUGCAAAGAUUAAAUAAUAUGUGAAAGUGGGUUAGACGCGUUUUCCCAGGGAUUUUAAAAAAAAAAAAAACGGAACAUUAUGGAAAAUCCGAGGACAGCGAGUUCACAGAAGAGUUGGAAGUUCGUGCGGGACUCUCUACUGCUUUGCUUCUUUGCCGGCCAUGGAGACGCUCAGUGCGACAGCUGUAUUGAGUACUGCUGUGAUGGGGUUCCUCCUUUCUGCUGCUCUUACUAUGCGUAUGUGGGAGACGUGCUCUCGGGAACGGCCAUCUCAGGGAUCGUGUUUGGUGUGGUGUUUUUGAUGGGUGCAGUGGCCGCCAUCUUUCUGUGCAUCUGUAUGUGUGUGAAGAACGGGCGUGGGGCGAGAGUGGGCGUCUUCAGCUCAUCAUAUAUCAACACUGUGACUCAGGGUUACCCAGGUCCUCCACCUCCUUAUAGCUAUGAUUAUGAGAUGUAUCCUCCUGAUCUACGGCCGCCUCCAUACACACCAACUCCACCCAGAGUGGCAAACUACUCUCCACCUCCACCUUAUCCAGGCUACAGCCGCAAAUGAUUCGGAAAGGAUGAGAGCUGCACUCUGAAUGCACACAAUGAAAACAAUGAAGACCAGUGCUCUGUCAAGAAAGCAGGGAUUUCCACUCCCUGGACCAGCCACAAAGAUCAUUCUUACAUGAGGAUUUGACUUUUUCAUUCAUGGCAUGGACAUUUAUGGUCUCACAAAUCUAAAGAACACUAAUAAACGUUAUUAGGCAACAGGAGACCAGGACAGGCCUAAAAACUAAUGUGAUUUGGUAAAUGUGUUUUCUUGUGAUGCGGUUUGUUCGAAAUCAGUGUCAUUUCAUUAAAUGUCUAAUUAAAAUACAGUGAAAUUAACUGUUAAUAUGGGAGUAAACUUCAUAUUGUUGUACAGAGUAACAUUCUAUUCUUAUACCUACAAUGUGUCUGAGUGUCUUGAUUACUUUCAGAUGAACUGAGGAAAUAAUAUUCUAAAUGUAUUUAUUCCUAGAAAAUUGAAAGAGCAACUUGUUUUUGCAGUUGGCUACUAUUAAGAAAACACCAGGUGUUGUUAACUGUUCUCAGAAAACCACUAAUUGUGUCCAAACAGCAAAGCAUUAACUCAUUUUGUGUGUUUUUACCUUUCAUAAUAAAACUAAAGGGUGUGUGCUCA